ACCUUUUUUGACUUAAAUACUCGAAUUUUAUUUUAUGUUGUUUUAGAAACAAAAUAAUUUAAGUACUGAUUGAUUAUCUCCAAGAUGGAAGGAAGUGUAGCAUGGUAUUGCAAUGUUGUAGUAAUAUCAAUCUUGGUGUGGUUUGCAUUGAAAUUUCUGAAUUGGGCGUGGUUUCAACCAAAGAAGAUGGAGAAGUUUGUAAGAAAGCAAGGCCUUAAGGGAACUUCUUAUAAGUUAUUGUUUGGAGACAUUAAAGAGAUGGGGAGGAUGUUAAAUGAGGCCAAAUCUAAACCCAUAAAAGUAACUGAUGAUAUGGUUCCUCGAGUUAUACCAUUUUAUCAUAAGUUUUUCACUGAUCAUCAUGGAACUAAUUUCUUCACAUGGUUGGGGCCAAGACUUACGGUGUAUAUAGUCGAGCCAGCUCUAGUAAAAGAGGUCUUGGCACAAAACUAUCUGUUUCAAAAGACAAGGGGAGCAAAUCCUUUAAUAAAUCUGUUGGUAACAGGUCUAGCAGCUGCUGACACCGAUGAAUGGGCCAAACAUAGAAAAAUCAUCAAUCCUGCUUUUCAUGUUAAUAAACUUAAGCAUAUGGUGCCUGCAUAUUCUACAUGUUGUUCCGAGAUGAUCAACAAAUGGGAAGAAAUGUUAAAGAAUGAAAGCUCUUGUGAAGUUGAUGUGUGGCCCAGUCUGCAAGCAUUAUCUGGCGAUGUAAUUUCACGUACAGCAUUUGGUAUUAGCUUUCAAGAAGGUAACAAAGUAUUUGAGCUACAACGAGAACUAGCCAAGUUGGUUCAAGAUAUUCUAAACUCGGUCAACCUCCCCGGAUCAGGAUUUUUACCAACAAAAAGAAAUAAGAGGAUGAGGGAAAUUGACCGAGAGGUGACGACUUUGAUACGUGGUGUCAUCGAGAAACGAAUUGACGAAAUGAAAGCGGGAGGAAGUAGCAAUGAUGACCUGUUGGGAAUACUCUUGGAAUCCAAUAACAGAGAGAUCAAACAAGGGGACAAAAAGUUUGGAUUAACCAUUGAAGAAGUCAUCGAAGAGUGUAAGCUUUUCUACUUAGCAGGACAAGAAACCACCGGAAGCUUGCUUGUUUGGACCAUGAUCUUGUUGGCUCACCACAAAAAUUGGCAAGCUCUCGCUCGAGAAGAAGUUUUACAGGUCUUUGGUGAGAAAAAACCAGAUGUCAUUGGGCUGAAUCAUUUAAAAACUGUUAGCAUGAUUUUGAAUGAGGUUCUUAGACUUUAUCCACCGGCGCAACAACUAAGACGAACGAUACAUCAAGAUACUAAAUUAGGGGACAUAACCCUACCGGCUGGAUCUUCUAUCCAUUUGAAUAUAUUGUUGUUACACUAUGAUCGUGUUUCAUGGGGUGACGAUGCAAGGGAGUUCAACCCUCAAAGAUUUUCCGAAGGUGUGUCAAAGGCAACUAACGGAAAAGCAGCAUACAUGCCGUUUGGUGGAGGGCCGCGUAUAUGUGUUGGACAAAAUUUUGCUCUGAUGGAAGCAAAACUUGCACUUGCUAUGAUUCUACAACACUUUUACUUUGAUCUCUCACCGUCUUAUUCUCAUUCUCCGCGAUGCAUCGUCACACUUCAACCAGAGUAUGGGGCUCAUUUGAUCUUGCAUAAAAUUAAGGGUUAAUGCACCCAAUGAUCAUUGUAUUAUAUUCAAUCCCAAUUACUCUAUUUCUAAAAGGGGCAUGAGAGUGUAAUAAACUUUGCUAAGUUUGUUAUGGGUGUAUCCUCUAUUGUGUGUAUUUCUAUUGUUUGUUUUGUUAUUUUAUUAUGUGUUCAACUUUUACCAUAUUGUUAUUGUAUGUAUCCAAUUUGUCUGUUUUUGUUA